GGCUGGAUUAGUUCCUGGUGUGCCAUUGCUUCAGCUGUCUGAAGAACUGAAGAAGAUUGCAGGGAAGAUGUUGGACUUGAGCUUCCUGACCGAGGAGGAGUAUGAGAAGCUGAUGAAGGUUCUGCAGAGAGAUGCAGAGCUGAAGAAGAAGGAUGGGGAUCGCAUCAGGCGGAUACAAGGCUCCAUCAAGGAUGAAAAGAAGAAGAAGUUUGUGACAGGUGAAUGGUUUUCAGAAGUGAAGGCAAAACGGUUUCAGGAAGACUUAGAGGGGCCGGAUCUACUUCGGGCAUCGAUUAGAAGGAAAAAGGGCAAACUAGAAAAUGAGGCCAACGAGCACAUCCGGAUGGGUCUGGAAAGCAGCACUGCCCCGAGUCCUGCCUUCCCCAAGCACGCUGCUGGCACAGGAGAGGAGAGAUCCAGCACACCUGCUCUUGAUACCACAGAGGAGUGUAAAAUCUUGCCAAAACCGAAGCCAAGACUUCCUGUCCCGCUGUCUGCAUCACACAAGAGAUCCAGUAUACAUGAUGUCUCUUCCUCAGAGAGUGACACUGGAAAAAGUCCUUUUGUGGCUGCAACAAACAGCUUGCAUUUGUCUAGAAAAGGUCAUGGAUUAUCUCCAUUGCCCACCAAGCUUUCAGAGGAUGCUGUGCCUCAGCCCAGCAGUGCAGCUGGAGGAGAAGCUGUUGAUGGGGCCACUAGCACCACAGUGGGGGCAAAAACUCCACCCGAGGAAACUUAUGCUCACAGCAAGAUACCAGUUAAGAGGAAACCAAGCAGAACUUUCCCCAGAUCCGAGCAGUUUGUGAAUCACGUGGGGCCAGCAGAGAACAGCCUCGCAAAUAGAAAGCUGCUGUCAAGCCCCAAACCGCUGACCGCAGAGGGGGAAAGCAGCCAGGCUGUGAAGCAAAGCGUGAACUAUACAAUCUCAUCAAUGAGUAACAAAGAGGAGGAUAUCGGCUUCGAUCGUGAACACUUCAAGAACUUGAAGAACUUCUGGGAGAAGGGAGCAGACUCUGUGACAGCGGGAAAUGUGCCGGAGGACCUGAGCUGGGUGGAGGCAGACGGUAGGCAGUUCAAGCUGUGCCGCUCACUCUCUGUGCAGUCUGGGCAAGGCCAGAACAGCGAAGAAAAACCUGUCAUCUUCACCAAAACAAGAACACCCUACAAAAGGACAAUAACCUUGUCUUCUAGCGAGGAAGAACCAAGCUAUGUAGCCCCUGCAAGGAAGGGCUCGGUUUCCAUCGUUCCUAGAUCCACGUACGCCAAGAGCAAAGGCAGCCUGGUUACAAGAAAUAACUCACUGAGUGAAAGCAAUGGAAAGCCGCUGGUGCCAGAGGAAGAAAAGGUGGCACAGCGCUGCUCCAAGAAAUCCAGAUUGCCUGUGCGAGCGCCUUCCAUCAAAAUCGAGUCACCUACCAAAGAAGUGUCUGGCAGCAUGUUUGAGCCAGAGACGCCUACAGAUGAGUUUACUGUGGCAGAAGAGUGCAAGCCCGCAGUGAAUUCCCUGGCGAGCAGGGUGCAGAUACUGAUCGAGCCUGUGCUUUCAGAUGGCGAAAACGAUGAUGAGAAAGAGGAAAGAUCUGAUUUGGGCACUCAUGACAACAUGGAAAUAAAUGGAGAGCCACCUGAGGAAAAAACGUGUGAGGCUUCAGACAAGCAAACACCCGGUGAACCAGCCAGAGAGAGAGAAGCCGUUCAGGGAACGGACUCAGCUGUUUACUCAGAGGAAGAUGGGGAUCAUUCACCUACCGCUCGGGCAUUGGCCCGGGCAAAUAGCAUUAAUCUUGCAAAGAGCAUGGUGAACAUUUACACAACCACAGAGACAUACAAUAAACCUCAUUUGAUACCCCAUCAGUUUCUUGAACCUGAAAGAGUCAAAGAGCUGAGCAGAUCCUCUCCUCUCCUGUUGUCUGAGACUGAAUCAGACACGGCUUCGGAAAUCAGCUUCCAGUUUAACAAGCACAAAAAGACGCCUAGCAUUGGCAGCCACUCGUCCGACAUGGCAUCUGUCUCCUCGGUGAGUGGCAGCGUGCUCAGUGUCUACAGUGGCGAUUUUGGGAGUGUGGAUGCCCAAGGUACCGUGGAGUUUGCCCUAGACUAUGACGAGAAGAACCGGGAGUUCCAGGUUCAUGUGUCCCAGUGCAAGGACUUGGCUGUCGUGGAUGAGAAGAAAGGCAGAUCUGACCCGUAUGUUAAAACUUACCUGCUCCCAGACAAAGCUAGAAUGGGUAAGAGGAAGACUUCAGUGAAGAAGAGGACAGUGAAUCCCAUUUACAACGAGGUGUUACGGUAUAAAAUAGAGAAAAUGGUGUUGCUGAUCCAAAAAUUAAAUCUGUCUGUUUGGCACAACGAUCCACUGGGACGUAACAGUUUCUUGGGAGAGAUCGAAGUGGACUUGGCCAGCUGGGACUGGAGCAACAGGAAACUCAACUGGUACCCGCUGAAGCCCAGAAGCCUUUCUGCUGUUAAUGGUGUGGAUCAUCGAGGAGUGAUGAAUUUGUCUAUUAAGUACGUCCCUCCAGGAAGCCUAGGUCCCAAGAAUCCUCCCUCUGGCGAAGUUCACAUCUGGGUCAAAGACGUCAAGGACCUGCUGCAGUUGCGUCCUUCUGGAGUUGACUCCUUUGUGAAAUGCUAUGUGCUUCCAGACACCAGUAAGAAGAGUUACCAAAAGACCCGAAUCAUAAAAAGAGACACAAACCCUGUUUUCAAUCACACUAUUGUAUACGAUGGCUUUCAUACAGAGGAUCUAAAGGAUGCUUGUGUUGAACUGACUGUGUGGGAUCAUGAAAAACUUACCAACCAUUUCCUUGGAGGAAUCAGGCUGGGCCUCGGGACAGGUUUGAGCUAUGGCAUCUCUGUGGACUGGAUGGACUCCACGCAAGAGGAGGUGGCCUUUUGGCAGGAGAUGAUGUCGGCUGCCAAUGAGUGGAUUGAGGGAUUGCUGCCACUGCGCUCGCUGGCAGGGAGGAAAAAACUGAAAUAA